GUCGCUAAGGAGACCCGGAUCAAGAGUCUGAAAGAGAUGCCGGGACCCAGCGCCGUCAGCAACCUGAUCGAGUUCUUUUACCGGGACGGUUUCAGUAGAAUCCACGAAAUACAGAUGGAACACUCUCAGAAGUAUGGGAAGAUCUUUAAAUCUCGUUUUGGCCCCCAGCUGGUUGUGUCUAUCGCAGGGCGGGGAUCUGGCUGCCAGGUGCUGAGGACGGAGGGUGUUGCCCCGCAGAGAGGCAACAUGGAGUCCUGGAAGGAGUACGACCUGAGGGGCCGAUCUACCGGACUUUAUCUCAGCGGUGAGGACUGGUUGAAGAUGCGUAGGCAUCCUCCUGGCCAGCUGAUCAUGAGACCGAAGGACGGGCUCAGUUUCUCUGACGACGUGAAUGCUGUGGUGGAGGACUUGGUGAAGAGAGUGGAUACGCUGAGGAGCCAGCAGUCAGACGGACUCACUGUACUCAAUAUUAACGAUCUGUUUUUCAAAUACGCAAUGGAAGGUAUGGCAGCCAUCUUGUACGAGGACCGUCUGGGCUGCUUGGAGAAUGAGAUUCCUCAGAAGAGCCAGGACUACAUCGCAGCCCUGCACCUGAUGUUUAGUUCCUUUAAGAUGACCAUGUACGCCGGGCCUCCCAAGUGGCUCAGAACCGUCGUCCCCAGACCCUGGCAGGAGUUCUGCAGCUCCUGGGACGGACUCUUCAGUUUCAACCUCUCUCCCCUCCCCAGCCAGAUCCAUGCAGAUAAGCGUCUGGGAGAUCCAGGAUCUGGUGUCCCGAGGAGACUGGUGAUGUUAACUCACAUGCUGGUGACCCGAGAGAUGAACCUGGAGGAGAUCUACGCUAACAUGACUGAGAUGUUACUGGCUGGGGUGGACACGACAUCAUUCACCCUGUCCUGGGCCUGCCUCUUGGCCCGUCACCCUGAGGUCAGCAGGAGUCUACGAGAGGUGACGAGGACUCUGGGACACGGGACCAUCCCCACCGCUGAUGACGUCCGUCUACCCCUCAUCAGAGGACUGGUGAAGGAGACACUAAGAAUGUUUCCUGUUCUGCCAGGUAAUGGGCGUGUUACCCAGGAUGACUUGGUGGUUGGCGGUUACUUCAUCCCCAAAGGGACCCAGUUGGCUCUAUGUCACUACUCUACCUCCAUGGACGAGGAGAAUUUCCCGGCUGAUGACUUCCGUCCAGACCGCUGGAUCAGGAAGGACGCUACGGACCGGGUGGAUAAUCUCGCUCCUCCCGUUCGCCACGGCAUCAGGAGCUGCAUCGGCAGGAGGAUAGCUGAACUGGAGAUGCACCUGGCUCUUACACAGCUGGUCCAGAGGUUCCAGAUUGGGCUGUGUCCCGUCACAGAAGAAAUCAAAGCCAAAACCCACGGCCUCCUCUGUCCUGCUGCGCCCAUCAACCUGCAGUUUGCCGACAGACAACCCUAGACCAAAACCCACGGCCUCCUCUGUCCUGCUGCGCCCAUCAACCUGCAGUUUGCCGACAGACAACCCUAGACCAAAACCCACGGCCGUCUUCUGUCCUGCUGCGUCCAUAAACCUGCAGUUUGCCGACAGACAACCCUAGACCAAAACCCACGGCCGUCCUCUGUCCUACUGCGCCCAUCAACCUGCAGUUUUCCGACAGACAACCCUAGACCAAAACCCACGGCCGUCCUCUGUCCUACUGCGCCCAUCAACCUGCAGUUUGCCGACAGACAACCCUGGACAGAUACACUGUUUCACUCCUUUCUUCUCCUUAUCUCUCUAGUGAGGAGGUAAAUUUGGAGAAUAACAGACAGACUGUCGUAAGGCAGGUUUAUACCAUCCUGUACCCAGAUGCCAUUGUUCUGUGUAAACAGCCUCUAAGAUACAGGAUGUACACAGACCAUAAGUGUCAGCUUUUUAUAUAUAUAUACAAUAUCAAUACUUGUUUCAUUUACAACUUUUCUAAGUCCUGUUAUCAACUGACUUCAGCACAGUGUCUGGCUGUGGAUUGGCUGCAGCGUCUGGCUGUGGAUUGGCUGCAGCGUCUGGCUGUGGAUUGGCUGCAGUGUCUGGCUGUGGAUUGGCUGCAGCGUCUGGCUGUGGAUUGGCUGCAGUGUCUGGCUGUGGAUUGGCUGCAGUGUCUGGCUGUGGAUUGGCUGCAGUGUCUGGCUGUGGAUUGGCUGCAGUGUCUGGCUGUGGAUUGGCUGCAGUGUUUGAAUGGAAUGUUGGCAUAUAAUUUUUUUUUAAUACAAAAAAACUGAAGAAAAAAAACUGUCUAGCUAACAAACAACCUGUGCAGUUCUAUCUACAUUACAUUGACUAGCUAUGCAAUUUCAAACAGAGACUGGAAUAACCUGUUUGUUUAGGUUAUAAAUGAGCACACAGAAACUAACCCAGUGCACUUCUUCAAAUCUCUUACAAUCUUUAUAUGUUCAAAAGGUACUUUAUUUUAUUUUUUCUGACUGACCUUGAAUUGUUCAAACUGUUUUUUUGGGGGGGUUUCUUCCCGGACUUGUUUCCUGGUCACGUGAGAGACUGUUGUUUUAUACUGUAUGUAGGAAGCACCGCAGAGAGACUGUAUUUAUGAAGAAAGGAUGGAAAUGGAGAGCGGGCUUGUCGAAGGGGAGAGAAAUACAUAAACUGUAGGUUCCUUCUGUUUGAUGAGGAAGAAGGUUUUUAAUAGAGAUUCCAGAUCUGGAAACCUCAUGGGAAAAGGUAUUUAGAAAGUGUCUUGUUGUUUUGGUGUCGUACUGCUCUGAGCAGUGAAAUGAGUCUGACGUCAAAAGGUGCCAGGGUCUAACCGAGUCUCCCUGUUUGAACUUCGUAAGGAAGAGAAUUGGAUGUUCAUCUAUGAUUGGUAGACUAAUGUCCGACCAGUUUCUAUAAAUUCCACGUUAACUAAUUGAGAUGAUGGUUCCAUGUCCAAGAAUAAAGUCACUUCCUGUUGAGUUCCGUAAUAAAGUCACUUCCUGUUCCGUA